GCACGCAUAACACUGAGGCUCCUUCUUCUCUCUCUGCAGGAACAUGACAUUGAGACAGCUUUCGGAGUGGUCCAUGUCACCAUGCGGGGCACACCCAAGGGGAACAGACCUGUCAUCCUCACAUACCAUGACAUUGGCCUCAACCACAAAUCCUGUUUUAACGCAUUCUUUAACUUUGAAGACAUGCAAGAGAUCACUCAGCAUUUUGCUGUGUGCCACGUGGAUGCACCAGGCCAGCAGGAAGGAGCCCCCCCAUUCCCAUCUGGGUACCAGUAUCCCAGUAUGGAUGAACUGGCUGAAAUGCUGCCCACUGUUCUGACACACCUGAACCUGAAAAGCUUCAUCGGGAUUGGACUGGGAGCUGGAGCUUAUGUCCUCAGCAAGUGUGCACUCAGCCACCCCGACCUGGUGGAGGGACUCGUUCUUAUUAAUGUUGAUCCAUGUGCAAAGGGCUGGAUUGACUGGGCAGCAUCCAAGUUUUCAGGCUGGACAACCAACAUAGUGGAUAUUGUCUUGGCGCAUCAUUUUGGCCAUGAGGAACUGCAGGCAAAUCUAGAUUUGAUCCAAACAUACAGGCUUCAUAUCGCACAGGACAUUAACCAAGACAACCUUCAGCUGUUCCUCACCUCAUACAACAGUCGUAGAGACCUGGAAAUUGAGAGACCAGUUCUUGGCAUCAAUGAAAAUACUGCAAAAACACUCAAGUGCCCUGCCUUGCUAGUGGUUGGUGACAACUCACCUGCUGUGGAAGCAGUGGUUGAAUGCAAUUCACGUCUUGACCCAACCAAAACUACCCUUCUGAAGAUGGCCGACUGCGGGGGCCUGCCCCAGGUGGUUCAGCCUGGCAAGCUGACUGAAGCCUUCAAGUACUUUGUGCAGGGAAUGGGCUACAUGCCAGCAGCCAGUAUGACCAGGCUGAUGCGCUCCCGUACUCACUCCUCCUCUAGUGUGGGCUCUGGCGAGAGCGUCCGCAGCCGAUCUCACACUAGCAACCAUGGUGAAGGAAGUGCUGGAACCCCAGAAGGAAUUGACCUCCAGGAUGCAUCUCAAACCAUGGAAGUAUCCUGUUAGGCAGGAGCCCCUCUUCUGGAUUCAGACAACGCCACUCGCCCCCCACUGAACCCACUCAGAAUCUAGCAUUUCAUCCAACAUGGCAUUAACUGUUCUCUCUAACUUGUGCAUGCCCAUCUGAGCUGCCACCUCCUUGGUAGUCUGUACUUGGCAUUACUUUGGUCCUUUCUGUAUGCCCUUGGCAUCAGAGCCUCUUUAAAACUCGUUAACAUUCCGCGGUCUUAGUAAGUCAUGUUACUGUACAUGCUGACACCAUCUCCUGUCUGUGCUGUGUAUCAAUCCAGAUGACAGCCGUUGUCUCCCCUGUUCAUUUAAAUAUAA